AUGUUCGCCACGCUCACGCUUUACACCCUCACGUGGGGUGUAUACCCUCGUCGAGUUCUCAUAUAUCUCGCUGAAAAAGGCUUGUCCCACUCGCCGCACAUCGACGUUGUGUCUUGCGACGUCUCUGAGGCCGGUACUCUGAUUGCAGAGGGCAAGCCACCAGGCACUGUGCCGGUAUUACGUCUACCAGACGGUUCAUUCAUCAAGCAGUCUGUGGCCAUUAUCGACUACCUUGAAGACAUCUGCGCCCAACCAGACCCUGCGCAGGCAUGGCAGAAGGAGCUAGCGGAAAGCGCCGACCGGAACACCGACAUGAGAGGCACCACAGCGGAGGAGCGAGCGAGUCAUCGUGACAUGGUCAUCCUGGCAGAUGAGGCCACCAGUCUCUUCGGCUUUGCAUGUCACAAGGGCACCGCAUUGUUUGUGGAUUUGGAGACGACAAGCGCGCUCACGGCAAAGCUGGCCCUCGAGUUCUGCACAAAGAACCUCAGACUGCUAGAUCGGUACUACGCGGAGGAUGCGGGCAAAAAUGCAGAGAGGCCAGUCAGGGUCGUCGACUGUGUCUUGUUCUCGACAUUACAGUUUGCUCGCAACUUGUACAAUCUGGAUCUCCUGGACGACGCCGAGCUGUCGCAUCUGCGCAGUUUCUGUCUGGACUUUGAGGAACGAGACAGUGUGCAGGUUGGUGAGGACUUUUAUCCAGAUGAGCUUCGAAAACUAGCGAGUCAGUGGCUACCUCUUGAAUAG